ACUUGCUCGGCCAUAGUGUAAAGUCGAAGACCGUUAUAACAGUUGGAAGCAUCAAUGGGUUUGGGUUAUGGUUACGUGCGCCUGCAACACCACGCUUAUAGUGAAUCCCAUAACUCUGGACCAUAAGUUUUGUUGUUCCGUCAAGUCUUCGCUGCCUUUUCUGUCAACCUUAAACCUCGCUUUUCCGGCUCAGAUCAUCAAGGCUGAUUUGGAUUUCAUCUAUAGUUGAUCAUAGUAAUGGUUGGUCAAACUGCAAUGCCUUCUGCUAUUUCCCCUCAGUGGCAAGGCAAGGCCAGUGGGUUUUUCCAAUCCUCAGGCGCUACACUUAAGGAAGUCGGGCACUCUACAGGAACGGUCUUGGGGGAGGUCGCAAAAGAUGCAAAGGGAAAUGUCAGUGAGGUUGCAGAGAAGGUUGGAUCUAUGGUCAAGAGCCGUUGGUCAUUUCUACAGCAGCCGGCUACAAGACAAGCAAUGCAUAAACGUCUCACUUCUGCAGCUGCUACUACCAGCAUGUUCUUGAGGAAGGGAUUUUCAGAGACAAAGGAUAAGGUUGUUGUUGGGAAGACAAAAGUCGAAGAGGUGGCAAAGAAAACUGCACAAAAAAGUAAGACACUGCUGACUGACAUUGAGCGCUGGCAGAAGGGCGUUGCCAGCACUGAUGUGUUUGGAGUCCCCAUAGAAAUAACUGUCCAACGACAACAAUCCACCAAGCCUGUCCCAUCUAUAUUGGUCAAGUGUGCAGAUUAUCUUGUCUUAUCAGGACUAAAUUCUCGGGGGUUAUUCAAGUCUGAAGGAGAGAGAAAAACCAUCCAGAAUUUGGUGUCAUUAUACAAUAAAGAUCCAAGUGCAGCACUACCAGAGGGUGUUAAUCCACUUGAUGUAGCAGCUCUUAUAAAGUGCUACCUUGCCAGCCUGCCUGAGCCAUUGACGACCUUCCAGUUGUAUGAAGAAAUCAGAGUUUCCCGCUCUAGCAUACCCAAAAUGCGAAAUAUAUUGAAGAAGCUUUCAACUGUCAACUACAUGACACUGGAACUGAUUACUGCAUUGUUGCUCCGUGUUAGCCAGAAAUCUCCAGUCAAUGAGAUGGAUGCUCGAAGUCUUGCAAUAGAAAUGUCUCCCAUCAUUAUGUGGAAACAAGGAAGAAGUCCAAAGUAUUAUAAACAGUUCUGGAGUGGCUUACCAAAGAAUAGCUCAAAGACAAAUUCUGAUCCUAACUAUAGCGCAUGGGAUAUGCUUGCAGAUGAAGAAGAAAACAUAGAUGCUUCUUCUCCUAUACCUUUGGAUGAUGGCUUGCCUGUUGACUUUGGUGCAAUAGAAGUACUUCAGUGCCUGGUUGAACAUCAUAACGCGGUAUUUACAGAUGCACACGAAACGGUUUGGCGGUGACAAAUCAAUAGGUGGUUCAGCUCCUGCUUAGCUUAUACGGAGUACAUUGACCAUUUCUGAUCACUUUGUGCAGCAGUUUGAAAUCUCAGUCAACCAUCACCGGUGUUGUAAAUUUUUGUUUCUAUGCGAUGGCGAUAGGUUUGCGUUUGAUUUAUAAGGAAAAGACAGUAUUGUUUUUAGAUUUUCAUUAAAGUUUUAUGAUGAUUUAAUAUACAUCGACUACACAUGUAACAAAUAGCAAAUAUCGGUGAGGUAAUGCUUUUUAAAAGUUGGCACAUCAGUAGCUGUAGCUGGAUGCUUAAAAGUUUAAAUGUGGUUGAAUUCUUCUUUUACAAAAUUAGCUAAAACUGAUUUCAUUUUGAUUGAGAAAUACUUUGAACAUCUCAUUUCUUAAACAAAAU